GGUGCUUUUUGGUUCACAGCCCUCUUUUAAAUAAGCUUCUCCAGGGGACCAGGGGAAGCAAAAGAUCUUCGAAGCCAGAAAUGGCUCCGCCGAUGCGAUAGAUGGAUUACAUACGGAGGGUUUAGGGUUAGGGUUUUUGCCAUGUUGGCUGCUGCCUUAGCUAAUGCUUCAUUCCGAAAACCUCAAAAACCCUGAAUCCGAACUCUCUUGUUCCAAACCAUAAGCUUCAAUCUCCUUCCGAGUUCAACAAUAUUUUCAGUGUUCAUCAGUUCGUCCUCGAUGGUCUUGGAAUUCAUGACAUUAUUACUGAUACGUUCUUCGAUGUUGAAAGAAAAAAACUCUAAUCACUUCAGUCAGUAACACCAGCUAGAGUUUCUUGAUGAUGGGAGAGGUGGAUGAUGAUUUUGGCGAUCUCUACGCAGACGUAGAGCUCCAAGUAAGUUCUACCAUUAAUUCAGUCUCAGGGUUCAACCAGUUGUAUAUAGAAGAUGAUAAUAAGAACGAGAGUAAUGGUGUUGAUGAUGCGGCAAACAAGGAGGACGGGGAAUUGAUUGAGAAUGUCACGGAAGCCCUGGAUUUGGAAGCUAAUGGGGAAGAAGAGCUAAUUGUGGAUAGUGAGCUAAUUGUGGAUAGUGGAAGUGAUAGCGAGGAUGAUUUGCAUAUUGUUUUGAAUGAAGACGACUGUUGUAUGCACCCGGUUCCACGCAAUGCAAUUACGGGUAAUCGUAGAUUGACUGAGGGAAGUGAGGACGAGGAUGAUGACUUUGUGAUUGUUACCGAUGCUAAUCGUCCAAGCAAAGAUAGGAACUUGUUGGAUCAGUUACAGUCGUCGAGUGAUGGAUUGGAGCAGUCUGCUUUGUGUUCUGGUGCUGAAAAAGGAAAUGGGAUGAAGGGUAGUCAUCUUUCGCAGUACUCCCAAUACAAGUACAUAAGAUCGGCCAAUUCGAAAGGCAGCGGAUCUGGAGCAGCAGUUCCUCUGUCUUCUCCAUUGUCAGGUAAAGGUGAUUGGGAUGUAAAUGGGAGCAAUCGGCAGAUGGUGUCAAGCAUGCCCCACGUUGCUUCAUCCUCUAGUACAGUUUUUCCUUUUGUUGCUCAAAGAGGAUAUGAAUUCUCCCUUCCCCGCUAUAGGAAAAUAUUAGACGUAAAUAUUGAUACAUUUGAGCGGAAGCCCUGGAGGCAUCCUGGAGCAGAUAUAACAGAUUUUUUCAACUUUGACCUGGAUGAGGAAAGUUGGAAAGAGUAUUGCAACCGCCUGGAACAAUUUCGUCAACAAGCCAACAUGCUGGCCAAGACCCCCAGGUCUUUAAGGCUUAAUCAGGCUUAUGGGGUUGAGUUUGAGCAUGAGACAGUUGAUCCAGAAGCUGUAGCUGGGGAAAGUGGCCAAAUUGAUGAUACCAAAAAAGUUUCUUUGUCCUUGAAAAAUGCUGAUAGAGGAGGGAAGCGGCUGGAAGUGCUGAAAGGAAGAGCAAUUCAGGUUGAAGGUGGCAUUGGCGAACGACAACCGUCUAUGGAUGUGAGACGGCCACGGAAUCGGGAUUCUGAUGUUGUAAUACAGAUUACUGUUCAUGAUUCCUCAGGGGAUUCCACUGGUUCAAGUGAGCAAGUAGACCAUGUAGAUCAUGCUGUCCUGGAAAUAUCUAAGAGUAAAGAGUCUGGAACAGAUGAUAACAGUGAUAUGCAUGACUCUGGCGGUGUGCACAAGGACACACAGUCUAUAAAGCCUGUGAAUAAGUAUAGCAACAAAUUUGGCAUAUCUGACAUUAAAUACUAUGGAGCACGCCGUCUGACAAGGUGCUCUCAAUCAACAGCUACAUCAAAUGAAAUGACUCUGGAUCCUGAUGGUCAAGUCAAUGAACACCUGUGUGAUGAAGCUAGGCAUCAUCAUCAGAAGGCGAAAAGGCGUGGUUUUAAGGAUGAGAAAACGAUGGUGACACUAGAAAAAACCAAGGAAAAGGUUGUUAACAGGAUACCUUCCAAGGCAGAAUCACGUAUGUUGGAAGGAGAAUCAAAUUCUGAAGCCUGUCCUGAUGGUCGUUCUAAAGCACCCAAUGAUGAGAUGGAUAUUGGUCUAGAUAGAGAUUUAAAGCCUUCAGAAAGGCCAUCAUCGAUUUCUGCUCCUGAAUUAUGGGAGUCAAUGGCAUCUGACAGUGAUAACUCUAAAGACUCUGCAAACAAUGAAAGUGAUAUGGAAUUAGGAGAAUGCAAAUGUGGUUCUGAAGACCAAUGUCCCAACCAUGUGAAGCAGAACUGCUGCAGUAGAAUGCAAGUGCACAGUGUAGCUGAACUGAAGGAUCACAGAGAUGAUGAUGAGGCUGCUCUAAUGUCUGAUAGGAAGCACCGGUAUGGCGGUGAUCACUCAAAAGUUAAACCUGAUACACAUAAACGAUGGAGGCGUAAUAAUGGUGUUUAUGAUGGAGAAGAUUUGUCAUAUUAUAGAGGUACUGAAGUGUCAACUGGUCAUCAUGGUGAUAGGCAUGUGGACAGGAAGGCCAGGAAUGGUUGCACUGAAAAAUUUCAUGGGAUUCCUCGUCAUGUUGUUGAUGAUAUGGAUCCAUUUCCCACAAGGCAUUGGCAUGAAAACGAUUAUUUUCUUGAUGAGGGAAUUACCGCAGAGUCCAGAAAAAGAGAAGAUUAUCUUCAUGAAAGAGGACAUACAAAAGGUAGAAUAAAUUCUUUUUCUUACAAGAAAUCCCGGUUGCUUUCAGGGCAUUCCUCUCUUUUCACAGAGGAUGCAAGGAAUCCUUGGCAAAGAAGGAAGAGGGAUGAUGAAUCACAAUUUAGAAGAACUCCUGAUGAUGUACAGUCAGAAUAUAGAUGUAUAGAGGAACUUCAAGAAACAUAUGGAAGACAUGUACCAUUCAUUGACAGAGAACCAUUCAAAGAGAAGUAUGAUAGACAUAUACCAUAUAUUGGAAGAGAAAUAGAAAGGUCUGGUAAAAGAAACAGAUAUUGCCACAGUCCCCGUGCCGAUUUGGACACUUCAUGGAGCCCCAGUGGAUAUGAUGAUGAUGAAUUCUGGAGAUAUCCUGAUCAUCAGUGUAUAGAAGUUGAUACUUGCAGAGAAUUUGAAAUUGUAAAAGAAAGACGGUGGCAAGAUAUCACUUCACCAAGAAAUGAUUCUAGGAGAUUUGAUGAAAGAUGUUUUGAUCAUUGGAAACCAAUAAAACAUAGGGAUAGUCAUUGGCUUGAUCCUAUGUGUGAUGAUGAUUAUCAUGCUGAAGAUAGGACCAUUUAUCCUGAGGCUGAAAUUUGUAAAAGGGGAAGACGCUUUAGUCGGCGAUCUGAAGCAUUCCAUUGGGAUGAGGGCACAUUAUGUUCUAGGCAUCAAGAUGAAGAUGAAAUGUAUGCCAAGGAGGCACCUUCUUCCUUCAAAAGAAAUAAGAAGCAUGAGCGUAUUCGUGUUGAACGUGAACCAACACAUCAUGGUUUCAUUCUGAACGAGCAGAUUGGAAGCAAAAUUAUAAGGGAAGAAAUCAGAAUAUCGGAAAUUAGUAACCACCGUAACUCUGGUAUCAAUAUUAUUUGUAGGGUUAAGCAUGAGCAAGCAGCCCUUAGAAGCAGGGAUUCAGCUCUGUGUGGUUGGGAAGGAAAGUCCUCCGGGAGAGGCUCCAAAGCUGAGGAUGUUAGAGGCGAUGGUGGGGACAACCACAUGGACCAGAUGGUUGAUAAUGAGCAGAUGGUCUUCAAGCAUUCUGAUGAAGCACAUACAAGGGACACAACCCUAUCCUACAGAUCAAAAGUCGCAAGUCAUAGAAGCAGGUCAAAGAUUGAAGUAAGACAAUGCAAGUUGAAUCCUUCUACUAAUGAUGAGAAAUGGCUCGACAAGUAUCCAAUUACACAGUACCAUGAAUCUUCUGAUCUUGAGGAGGGUCAGCUAGCAGAAGAACCUGAAAAGAAAGAGAUUGGUGCCAUUGAACAGAAAUGUGUUUCUGGCCAUACAACAGGAACUGGUGUUGCGAAGGGAGGGAGGGUGAAAAUCGAAGAUUUUGGAAAAGAGGAAAAGGGUUUUGGGAUGUAUGACAACCGUCGAAUUCUUGAGACACGCAUGAAAAUGGAAAAGCGGAGGGAGCGUUUUAAGGACCCAAUCCCUCUGAAGGAGCCUAGUAAGAACCCUCAGCCUGAACUUGAAUCUGUGCCUGAACUUGCUUCAACGGUUGUUACAGUUGAAAUUAAGCAGCAAAGGCCACUGCGGAAGAGACGCUGGGCUGGAAGUUAAGGAUGCUCAAGGAUCUAAUUACUUGUCAGAUUUUUACCAUAAGAGCCUGGGCUUUUGGUCAUCCUGAUUGUGUAAUAGCUUUCUUGUUAUCAUUGCAGCCUCGAUACAGCGCAGCAACCAGGAUCAGAAAUUGAUGUAGUGCAGGUCAAUGAGACUACUUUUGAGAGCAAUUUGUCAGGCAAGCCUUUACUCUUACAAGAUCCAUUCAAUUCUGUGUGUAAUCAAUAAGUUGCCACUACUGAAGUUCUGAACUCAUGCAUCCUUAUUGCAACUAAAUGGGUCCUCUUCUCCAAUCAGCUCUUUUUAAAGACAUACUUUUUACUAGUCCUAAGCUAUACAACCACCAAACUGGGUGAAAAUUCAAAGUUUUGUUUCUGGACAUUUGUAAACUGAAAUGUAAACUGAAAAAUCCAGAGAUUGUAUUGUAUUUUUAGAUUGGAUAA